GCAAUCGCGUGCGCACCGCGGGAGGAGCCGCGCCGCGGUCUUAGCGCCGGGCCGCGGCCACCUGCGAGAAAACCCGACCGGAGGCCGGAAGCACUCGGAAGUCACGUGCUCCCCGGGCCGCGCGAGUGAUUGGCUUGGAAGGACGCGAAGGAUGCCGCUGUGAUUGCUGAAUUGUCCGGGCAGGCGCACCUGCCGGCUGCCCGGGCGUGGAACGCAGGAGAUGCUCUCGCGUGCGUUUCGGCGCAGUCCUCUUACGGCCUGGGGGCGCAACUUAAAGCGUGCAUGGAGAAGUCUCAGGUGUUCUGGAUGCUGAUGUACAAGAGUGAGCCAGACAUAGGAUCCCUGCUUCUGUGGCAUUUACAUUCUAAAGGAUCAUAAAUAAGCAAACAUGGUUUGGAGGCUGAUAAGCUCUGGUGACCUGUGCAUCUUCUGGAGGAAGAGGAGGGAGAGGCCUACUUUCUCUAGACUCUCGUGGUCACAACCCCAUCCGAGCCCUGAAGGCCCACCUCAGGCGUCAUCAACAUGGAGUUCUGAAGUCCAUGUGGCUCCUCACAGUGAACCAGGUCUUAAGGAAAAUGCAGAGGCGCCACAGCAGUAACACGGAUAACGGUCCACCUGAAAGAAAUCGCAGCCAAGCACUCAGCUCCGAGGCGAGCGUGGAUGAAGGCGGUGUCUUUGAGAGUCUGAAGGCAGAGUCGGCCUCCCCACCUGCGCUCUUCUCCGGCCUCCCUGGCCUCCCAGCAGGCAGCCUGCCUGCCACCCCAUUCCCGUCCAGCCUGGUGCUGGGGGCGUCGGCUGGAGGCGGGGACGUGUUCAUCCAGAUGCCUGCGUCCAGGGAGGAGGGCGGGGGCCGGGGCGAGGGGGGCACCUAUCACCACCGCCAGCCCCACCACCACUUCCACCACAGCGGCCACCGUGGGAGCUCGCUGUUGCAGCAUGUGGGCGGGGACCAUCGUGCCCACUCGGAUGAGGGGGGUGACGAGCAGCCGGGGACGCCCGCCCCUGCCCUGUCCGAGCUGAAGGCCGUGGUCUGCUGGCUCCAGAAAGGCCUGCCCUUCAUCCUGAUUCUCCUGGCCAAAGUGUGCUUCCAGCACAAGCUCGGCAUUGCCGUGUGCAUCGGGAUGGCCAGCACCUUUGCCUAUGCCAACUCCACGCUGCGAGAACAGGUCUCUCUGAAGGAGAAGAGGUCGGUGCUGGUCAUCUUAUGGAUCUUGGCCUUUCUGGCAGGAAACACCCUAUAUGUGCUCUAUACAUUCAGUUCUCAACAGCUGUACAACAGCCUCAUAUUCCUGAAGCCCAACCUGGAGACACUGGACUUCUUCGACCUGCUGUGGAUUGUGGGCAUUGCUGACUUUGUGCUCAAGUAUGUCACCAUCGCCCUCAAGUGCCUCAUAGUGGCCCUGCCCAAGAUCAUCCUGGCUGUCAAGUCCAAGGGAAAGUUCUAUCUGGUCAUUGAGGAGUUGAGCCAGCUGUUCCGAUCGCUCGUCCCCAUCCAGCUGUGGUAUAAAUACAUCAUGGGAGAUGACUCCUCCAACAGCUACUUCCUAGGAGGGGUCCUGAUUGUUCUCUACAGCCUCUGCAAGUCAUUUGACAUCUGUGGUCGAGUGGGCGGAGUUAGGAAAGCCCUGAAACUUCUCUGCACCUCUCAGAAUUACGGCGUCCGGGCCACUGGGCAGCAGUGCACAGAAGCCGGCGAUACCUGUGCCAUUUGCCAGGCUGAGUUCCGAGAGCCUCUGAUCCUUAUGUGCCAGCACGUGUUCUGUGAGGAGUGCCUCUGCCUCUGGCUGGAUCGAGAGCGCACCUGCCCGCUCUGCCGCUCGGUUGCUGUGGACACCCUGCGCUGCUGGAAAGACGGGGCCACUUCGGCUCACUUCCAGGUGUAUUAGGGACUGAAAAACUAAGACUCUGGGCUCCCAGGCAUGCUCUGGGAGCUGAGGGGUGGCCAGCGUGAUGGGUUCGGCUCUGGGGGCUUCCUGGAAAACAGGCUUCAAGCACUUCCUAUCCUGCCUGCUGCCUUUCUCCAGCAAUUUCCCUAAAGCCAGCCCCCUGUCCUGACCUUCACCUUCCUCUUGUGUUCUGGGACAUAGCACAUGCCUCCGUUCUCCCCUACAAACCUCCUGUCUCAGACUCAGCCUCCUCCAGGUGGGUCGCCUGCCCCCUCCACGUGAAGGGACAGGUGACACACAGGUCCUGCCUGUUGUUAUUUUAAUUCAUGCUGACCUGAUGUGGCACUUGGGUGGGGAGGGGCCUGGAGGUUGAGGGGCCUGGAGGUUACAGCCCCUCCUGAGAUGGCACAGGUCUGCAGAUUAGAAUCACCAUGGAGCCUUUCCCAAAUAAAAAUGUUGGGGCCCCAUGUUGUACCUAAAUAACUGAGUGUACCAAGCACUUCAUGCAAGAUGAGCAUCCUGCUUGGAUGACCUCUUGUAAUCCUUGCAACAGCCCCUGGGUUGGAGGUACUGUUGCUUCCUCUGUUUUAAGGAUGAGGAAACUGAGGCACCGAGCCCCAUGUGGUAACUUCCCAGGGUCAUCCAGGUAGCAGUGGUGGACCAAGUUUCCAACCAGGCCCAUCUGGCUUCAGAGCCUGCGCUCUCAACCACCAUGCUCCCCUGCUGCUCAGACGCUGCAGGCGUGGGGCCCAGCAGACAUGGAUUUGCAGAAGCAUGAGAGGUGAUUUUGGUGCCCAUCAGUGGCCCAGGUGCAUAGCACAUUUGCUUUGGGUCUCACUGAAGAUGCCAACGGUGAGGCCUGGCUCUGGAAAUCUAGCUGUGGCUGGGUUCACGGAAAGAGUUGGUCUUUAAAAUCGCAAUGUUGCUGGGCUCUGGCUGGGAUGCGCAAUCGCAUUUGGAUAUUGAGAAUGGCCAGCUCUGGUCCCAAUGCAGAUAUCACUGGGUCUCCACACCUGUCUUCAUCUCUCUGCUCCUCCUUCUGUUCUUGUCCUGUCCAUCACUAAAGUCUCAGCUUGUCCACAGUGCCUGUGGCCACCGCCUUCUCUGCUGGUGGUCUUGAGAGCAAAAUGCAUGAUCCAUGUGGCGGAUUUUUCCACAAGGCAGGGUGGUGGCAUAGAGUGCAGUAGCAGUCAGAGUUUCUGUCAUCUCUACAGCAGAACUACUAAUCUCCAUAACAGAAUAGUUCUCCACCUGCUUUGAAUGUGGAAGGAGAUGGCACAGGUGAUCACUUAGAAGCUUCUGGAAUCUUGCCUGCCCUAACCCUCUCCCCACUCUGUUCACUCACCAUCAACCUCAGCACGAUGGGCUGUUGCCAACGGCAUUACAGAGAAAUCAAUCUUGUGGCUCGUGAGCAGAUUAGCAACAAAGCCCCCAGCAGAAAUGGUGGGAGACUCACUGCCACCUCGCUCUCAGCCAGUAAUAACGAGCCCACCCCAUCCCCAAUAGUUUCAGGACAUUUGCCCCCAUGUGUUAUCAAGCCAGGACCUUUUCCUGUGCCUGACAUCCCUGGCUCUUUCCUGGUACCCAGCAAGACAUCUCUUCCAGGGCAGCGUGGCAUCUUUCAAGCUCUGUUACUAUGGCAAUGGCUGUGAUGUUACAAUCCCACUUGCCUGGAUAAUCAAGUCAGAAGGGGAAGCGGAGGGAAAGGGGGCCGGGUGGAUGUGGCUGCUCUGUUCCCCCUGCCUUGAGAAAGAACCAAAGAGAAGCAACAGGAGCUUCUGUGACUGGUUUUUAUCAGAAAGAUCACCCUGCCUACAGAUGCCAUCAAAGAGACGCAAGAAAUUGGAGCUGGAGAUUUAUUAACGUGCUAGCUUGUGACAGAGCAGAUAGACCAGAAUUCUGAUUCCAAACUCCACAUGACUUUGGGAACUCACUUCACCUCCUCGAAGCCAUCUUUAGGAUGAUGAAACCUUGUAGAUUAGCUGCUGGAGCUAGGAAAACUUAACAAUGUAGAAUAGCGGCGAAGGCACUGGUCGGCUUGCCAGUUUCACUCAUGUCACCAGAAAAAAAGAGAAAAGAAACCCACACAUCUCUAAUAGUCUUCAAAUAAUGAGCCAUGACUCUGGCAUUAUAAACAGUGUCACAUGCAGGGGAUACUUGGGGGCAGGUGCGAGGACUUAGUUUAAGAUUUUACUUAUUCAUUCCCUGUCCCCUUGAGGAAAGUUCCUUCUGGAGGUUUUCUUUUGGAUGGGAGGAACUUCUGCCCUGAGGAGGAACAGCGGCCGGUUAAGAGUCUCCCAAACAGACUACAUAUGUUCCCCACCACGAGGGUAAAAGCAGCCAAGGGUUGUCAUUGGGAAAGAAGAACAUUCUCCAUUGCCUAUCCUGGCUCUGCAACUCCUUUGUUAUAAGCAGGAUUAAUCGAGUAUCGGGUUGGAGUAUCCUGCUCUUAAUAUUUUAUGAUUCACUGACUCAAGUCCUGAAACUCUUGGAAAUGGCUCUCCUAAUGUAGAAGAUCAUGAGCAUAAUUAAUGUGAGAAUAAAAAGGCAAGCUUUAGACCUGGAUGGAACAGGCUCAUUACCUUCCUAAGAGGAGAACCCGAGAGACACUUGGAGGCCCCAGGCGCCUGGAACCUUGGGUUGGAAAGAGGAAAUGUAAAGCAAGUCCUGGAAUCUCUUAGUAAUUUUGCUCUGGGCUGGACAGAGCGGCCUUUGAUGUUUUUAAUGUUCCCUUAAGUUCCUUUCUGCUAAUAAAUAAUCAUUUGUCGAUGAAA